AUAAAUAUAAAAGAAACAGAAUACUGAAAAGGAAAAAAGAAAACCCAUAAAUAAGAAAGAAAAUCCGAAAAUUUGAAAAAGAAAAAGAAAAAGAAAAAUGAAGAAAUCAGGAGCAGCGGAGAAGAGGAAAGCUCGAAGAUCUUCGGCGUCCGUACAAAAUGUUGGCAGAGAUCCCAGCUCCGACACUCCUCCUAGGAAACAAGCUGCCAAGCAGGAUGUAUAUCAAUUGUUUGCUGAGAAAGUUAGAGACCAUAAAGAUUUGGAGUCUAGAUGGGCUGUCUUGCAAGAAACUCGUGUCGAAUAUUUUAGGGGGAAGGAUUUUGUAAGCUUUAUGAAAAAUCAUCCUGAGCUUAAAGAAAUACUGGAAUCAGAUAGAGAUCUUGAAACUGAAGAUAUUGCCAAUAAUUUGUUACAAAAAAAUCUUUUGGUGCGGUGUGACCGUGUGGUGAAAACUGUUCGUCCGGGGAAGAAAAAGUUGUCUACCUGGCCUGCACAUUUAGAAAUCUUUCCUGAGCGAGUGUUCUCUGAAAAUGAUGCCUUUUUUGCAUGGACGUUUGUGAAACGAAGGCCAUUAUGGCAGACACUUCUCUCAUUUUUCUGGCCCAUAUUGACUCUUGCAAUCUGCUUGUUUCCUGUAUAUCCACAUCGAUGCAAAUUACUAAUACUCUACUCAUGCGCGGGACUUCUUCUACUUAUUCUCUCCUUGCUUUUAUUGAGAGCUGCAAUAUUUGGUGCUGCAUGGAUCGUCCUGGGAAAGCGUAUUUGGUUCUUCCCUAACAUCCUUGCUGAGGAAGCAACGCUGCGAGAAUUGUUCCGGUUUUUGCCCAAAAAAGAUGAAGAAGAACGUCCAAAAUGGACAGCUAGACUGUUUUAUGCAAUUGUGGCUGUCUUGGUUAUAUUGCUGCUGAGGCAUCAUGCUCCUGAUGAGGCUGCUAGAGCAAGAUAUCAAAAACGGAUGUCGAACAUAAUCGACGACGUCCUCGAAUGGUCUCCUAGCCUAGCUCUCUCCGGGAUGAUGGAGAAACAACCAGUAGUUAAUGCCACAGAAGAUAACAACAAAUUUUCAAAUGAAAGCAAGGUAAACUCUGAAACUGUAACCCCCCCGGAUGAAACUGAAAAUCCCGACGAAACCGAUCAACAUCAGACCAAUAAUACCAUAUGAUAACGAUGAUCAUGUUGGUAGAUGGAUUAUAGUUCCUAAAUGAGUGUAAUAUCAACUGAAGAAAAAAUAAAGGGCGGUUGGUUAUUAAAUUUGUGUUUUUUUGAAAUAUAGGUUAAAAGAACUAACUCUAGGGCACAGUUUAAGUCAUGUGAGAGGUUUAUAACUAUACAUUAAAAUAUUUGAUGUUGCUUUUUUAUGUUUUUGGUAACCUUUGGUUAAAAUUGAUUCCAUAUUUUCAUUUA